AUGCCGCCGCCGCCCGCCAACGCCUUUGCCCUCCUCGGGCUGGCCGUCGCCGCCGUCUUCUCGACAGUCUCCGCCGGCACCGUCUCCGUGCCCUUCGUGCGGCGCGCGCACGAGAUACCGCCCUCGUCGCUCUCGCGGCGCGGCGACGGCUCGUCCAUCGGCCUCGAGGCCCUCAACAACAUCACCGGCGGCGGCUACUACGCCGACUUCUCCGUCGGCACCCCGCCCCAGAAGCUGUCCUUUCUGCUCGACACGGGCAGCAGCGACACGUGGGUCAAUUCCGUCGCCGCCGACCUCUGCACCGACAAGGACAGGCAGCAGCAGCAGCAGCUCUGGUGCCAGACUCAAUUCAACCCCAAUGCCAGCUCGACGUUCAAGACGGUCGACAAGGGCGCCUUCAACAUCACCUACCUCGACCGCCGCAACAUCCAGGGCGACUACGUCAACGACACCCUCACCAUCCACGGCAAGCAGAUCAAGAACCAGCAGCUCGGCCUCGCCCUCCGCUCCGUCCGCCCCACGGGCAUCAUGGGCCUCGGCUACAGCGCAAACGUCGCCUCCAACAAGACGUACCCCACCGUCGUCGACAACAUGGUCGCCCAGGGCGUCAUCGACACCGCCGUCUUUAGCUUGUACCUGAACGACGCCGACGCCAAGUCCGGCACCAUCCUCUUCGGCGGCGUCGACUCGCAAAAGUACUACGGCACGCUCGCCACCCUGCCCCUCACCAACGGCCUCGUGUAUAACGCCUCGGAGCCCACGCCCUACUACGCCGUCGCGCUCCGCGGCCUGAGCGUCGACGGCGUCAAGCUCCAGGACCUGCAGGGCGUCGCCAUCCUCGACUCCGGGUCCUCGCUCACCCUCCUGCCCAAGGGCCCCGUCAAGGACAUCUACGACAAGUUCGGCGUCAUCAGCAUCGACCAGAUCCCCGUCCCGCUCGUCGACUGCGCCUACCGCGGCGACAAGGGCAAGGGCGUCCGCUUCAGCUUCAAGUUCGACAACAAGACGAUCCGCGUCCCCGUCGACGAGAUGGUCCUCGACUACUUCCCCGAGGACGCCCAGAGGAUCCUCAAGGGCGACGCCCUUAAGGCCCUCUUCGGCUCCUGGAAGUCGGUCUGCGUCUUCGGCAUCGCCUCGGCGUACGACUACGGCGUCAAGUCGGACAACUGGGCCCUCCUCGGGGACCCCUUCCUGCGCUCCGCGUACGUCGUCUACGACAUGGCCAACAGGCAGGUCGGCCUCGCCCAGGCCAACGUCAACAACGACAAGUCCAACGUCGUCGAGAUCAAAAAGGGCGCCAAGUCCCUCCCCGACGUGGCUGGCGUCGCCGAGCCGUCGGCCGCCGGCCAGCUCAGCCCUCGCCAUGGCGUCGCCACCGCCGGGCUCCUCGUGGCCGUGGCCGCCAUACUAUCGACCCUGUAG